UGCCGACUGCGCCUGCGCGGUUGACGCUCUCGGGGGCGGCCUGACGGACAUAGGCGCUGGCCGGUUGAGGGAGUUCCCCCUGGCUCAGAGUCGCUGUCGCCGUCCGGUGCCUUCGCUACAUGGUACGCCUGUGAGGCCGGCUGCCGACAGACGUUCCUCAGAAUGGAGCACAUUCGUACGACCAAGGUUGAACAAGUAAAAUUGCUUGAUCGAUUCAGUACCGGCAACAAGUCAUUAACAGGAACACUCUAUCUUACGGCCACACAUCUAUUAUUUAUAGACUCUCAUCAAAAAGAAACCUGGAUAUUACACCACCAUAUUGCCUCAGUAGAGAAACUUGCCUUGACUACUUCUGGAUGCCCACUUGUGAUUCAGUGCAAGAACUUCAGGAUCGUGCAUUUUAUUGUUCCCAGAGAAAGAGAUUGCCAUGAUAUUUAUAACUCUUUGCUACAACUAUCAAAACAAGCAAAAUAUGAAGAUCUGUAUGCAUUCUCUUAUAAUCCAAAACAAAAUGAUUCAGAACGAUUACAAGGUUGGCAACUUAUUGACCUUGCUGAGGAAUAUAAGAGGAUGGGAGUGCCAAAUUCACACUGGCAGUUAUCUGAUGCCAACCGAGAAUACAAGAUUUGUGAAACUUACCCCAGAGAACUUUAUGUUCCCCGGAUAGCAAGCAAACCAAUAAUUGUUGGUAGUUCCAAGUUCCGGAGCAAAGGAAGAUUCCCAGUUCUUUCCUACUAUCAUGAAGAAAAGGAGGCUGCCAUUUGUCGAUGUAGUCAACCACUGUCAGGAUUCAGUGCCAGGUGCCUUGAGGAUGAACAUUUGCUUCAAGCAAUUAGUAAAGCCAAUCCAGUCAAUCGCUACAUGUAUGUUGUGGAUACCCGGCCCAAACAUCGAAUGCAGAGCUGGUGGGCUACACAAAAGGACAUUGGCAGAAUUAUAGUGAGAAUUUCUUCAAAAAUCUGGAAUGAUGAGAAAAUAAGAGAAAGCGAUGAGAAACAGCGACUGAAUGCGAUGGCCAACAGAGCAGCUGGAAAAGGUUAUGAAAAUGAAGACAACUAUUCUAAUAUUAGAUUUCAGUUUGUUGGAAUAGAAAAUAUUCAUGUCAUGAGGUCCAGCCUUCAGAAAUUAUUGGAAGUCAAUGGUACAAGAGGGCUUUCUGUCAAUGAUUUCUACUCUGGAUUGGAAAGCUCAGGAUGGCUUCGCCAUAUCAAAGCUGUUAUGGAUGCCGCAAUCUUCCUAGCCAAAGCAAUAAUGGUCGAAAAUGCAAGUGUAUUAGUACAUUGUUCUGAUGGGUGGGAUAGAACUUCACAGGUGUGUUCCCUUGGUUCACUUUUAUUGGAUUCCUACUACAGGACGAUCAAAGGAUUCAUGGUUUUAAUAGAAAAAGAUUGGAUCUCAUUUGGACAUAAAUUUUCAGAGAGGUGUGGCCAUUUGGAUGGUGACCCAAAGGAAGUUUCACCAGUGUUUACUCAAUUCUUGGAAUGUGUGUGGCAUUUGACGGAACAGUUUCCACAAGCAUUUGAAUUCAAUGAAGCAUUUCUUCUUCAGAUCCAUGAGCACAUUCAUUCAUGCCAAUUUGGAAACUUCCUUGGAAAUUGUCAGAAGGAAAGAGAAGAUCUCAAGUUGAAGGAGAAAACUUACUCCCUAUGGCCAUUUCUUUUGGAUGACCAAAAGAAGUUCUUAAAUCCUCUCUACAGUUCCAAAUCUCAGAGGUUUACAGUUUUGGAACCAAAUACAGUAUCUUUCAAUUUUAAGUUUUGGAGAAACAUGUACCACCAGUUUGAUCGAACAUUGCAUCCGAGGCAGUCUAUAUUCAAUAUAAUUAUGAACAUGAAUGAACAAAAUAAGCAGUUAGAGAAGGAUAUUCAAGACCUAGAAUCUAAAAUUAAGCAGUGUAAAAAUAAGCAAUCAGAUGGUGUCCUCACCAAGGAAUUAUUACAUUCAGUUCAUCCAGAAUCACCUAUCCUCAAAACUUCUCUGUGUCUUAAAGAACAGACUCUACUACCAGUGAAUGAUGCGCUUCGAACCAUAGAGGGCAGCAACCCAGCAGAUAAUCGUUACAGUGAUUAUACAGAAGAGUUUUCCAAAUCGGAACCUGGUGUGGUCAGCUUAGAAUAUGGUGUGGCAAGAAUGACCUGUUAGACUUUCCAUUUUUUUUUUGGACUGAACAUAGAACAAGAAAUGAAUUAUGGUGAGGAUGGUCUAUGUGCCAUGACCAAAGGGGAGUUAGAAUGGGGUUUAACAGUACAUGAAUGGUGGAAGAAAGGAAAUUAACUGCUCUUGUAAGAAAAAUAAGUCAGUUUAAUUGGAUUUCUAGCGAGGAAUGACAUUCAGUUCUGUAAGAAAUGAGUGGUAUUUGCCAUAUUUACUCAAAACACAAUUUGCACUGUACACUAGUGAAUUGACAUUUCUGUAUGGUUUAUAUGUUAAUUACAGCAAAACAUGAAUAGCUUUCCUUAAUUGUAACUGUGAGGUAAGAAAACUCAACAAAAUGAUCUCUUAAUAAUUAACAUGGCAUGUACUUUUAAUUAUGUAACUGUGCAACUAUGAAUAUUUACAUAUUCUGCCUUUUAGUGAUGUUUAAUAUUGAAGUGCCAUGAAAAAUAUUUCUAAGAGAGCCUUAAAAUAAAUUCUCAGUUUAUUAUUUACCUUUAAGUUUUAUAGCCUAGAACAAGAUGGGGUUUGCUUUGUUUUUCUAUUGAUCAGCCUCAUUUAGUUUGAAUUGCACUCUCAUUACUGCAGGGGUUGCAUGCAUCAAUACUCCUGAUAAACAGUUGCAGAAGUACUGUUUAAUUCAUGUUUAGCCAGUCCUAUUUCCAUAUUCAAAAUUAAUGAAAUUGAAGGUCUUAUACUGAUUGUAAUUUGUUUAGUGCUACGUUUGAUGAUUUAUUACUUGUAGCUUAGAUUAUUGAUUUCUUGAAUACAUACAAACACAUUUUACCGUCUUUUAUAUAUGGAUUACUGCAUUCUAUUGAUUCUUAUUUUGUGGUUGGCUUUAAUCCUUUGAUAACUGUGUAAGUGUAAAGAGCUAAACCCUAAAAUUGUUCUUAGAAACAAUGAAUAGUACACAUAUAUAUUUUUAAACUGCCUUACCUUCCAAUGAGUUGCUAUUCCUAGAAUAUUUAACUUUCAGUGUACCCAAAAACUUUGGGGUAAGUAAAAAUGGAAGUAGACAGAUAGUUUUAGAUUAUGCUUGGCUGCAUGAAUUCUAAAACAGUCAGUUCUAUGUGGAACCUUUUUUUUUCCCCUAUGUUAAAGGAAAAAAGGGACACCAAGGGGAGCCUAGGUUAUAUUUAACAAAAGCAGCUAAAACUCUGGAAGUGUUUCAUUUUGCCUUGUUAACUGUUUUUUCUAUGUAUUAGUACGUAUCUUUAAUAAGCAAGCAAGCAAACAACAACAAAUCAAUUGCCAUUGGCAAUAUCACACAUCUGGCUUUAAAAUCAAAAAUUUAAAUUACCUGGGUGGCAUGAGGUACAUACAACUCAAGGGUACUAGGAAAUUUGCAUAGGAUUCCUCAUGCAUCUCUUUAUUACACCUAUAUCUAUUGUUAGCUUUGAAUGUAAGCAUCUUUUUCAAGUGAAAGAAAGUUUUAUUGUAUGUGAGCUUACCUAAUCCUGUUUAUUUUUCAAAUGUAGUUCUGUAAUACUGUAUAAGAAAAAUACUGGUUUUUAAACGGAAAUAUAACUUAUAAUAUGUGAUUAACCAAUCCUACUUACAUAUGUAAGCACUGGGAAAGGAAACUUUAUGACCACAAAGGGAAGCUUUUGUGCCUUGGUUCUAGUCAUAUUAUGGUUUAAGAAUCUUCCAUGGGUAGAGUUCUUAUAUUCCACUCUCUGGUUUAUUAUCUUAAUUUUCAAUUUAGACGUGUGUGUGUGUGUGUGUGUGUGUGUGUGUGUGUAUACUCACACAUGGACUGAGAAAUCAGAUAACAUCCUGAAUAUAAGGGUAUAUGUUGGCAAAAAGUAGAUUGUAUAUAUGUCUUAUACAAUUGGAUUUAUGUUUAUUGCAUUUGGGAAUAUAUAGCAUGUAAAUUAUUUCAUGUAUUAUUUAAAGGUUAUUAAAUGUCCAUGUUUUACCUUGAA